AUGUCUCAAGGUACAUUAUAUUUGAAGGACUUUCCAAGAGCUAUCUUGCCAAGAGCUUUAGUCAACCAUUACAAGAUUAACGUUGAUGUUGUUGCCGAUGCUUCUGAAGAUGCUGUCUUCAAGAAGGAUUUCCCAAUGGGUAGAGUUCCAACCUUUGUUGGUCCAAACGAUUACAUUUUACACGAAGUCAUUGCCGUUAACCCAUUCUUAGUUCAUUUGACCAAGGAUGAAAAGGUUAUCAAGACUUUGUUGGGUGCUGACUACAAAGAAGAAUGUCAAGUUUUGAAGUGGAUCUCUCUAUGUAACUCUGAUUUCUUCAUGACUGUUGCCGAUAUCUUUUACGAAUACAUUGAUAGAUUCCCAUACCACCAAGACAUUGUUGACCGUGGUUUGGUUCAAAUUGAUCAAAUUACUGAAAUGUUCGAAGCUGGUCUAAAGAAAAGCAAGUACUUGGUCAAUGAUCACAUCACUUUAGCUGAUUUAUUCUGUAUUACCGAAUGGGCUUUCUGUUUACAACAUUGUUUCGGCCCAGAAUGGAGAGAAAAGCACCCAUUGAUUGUUAACUGGGUCUUAGAUGUCAUCAAGUCUCCAAUCAUCAAGGAUGAAUACAAGGAUUUCACUUUGGCUGAAAAAACCUUUGAACCAACUAAGAAAUAA